UUUAAAAGAAACCCGCUUGACGCGUGCAGAUAUCUGUGAUAUUUAGACCGUGCUUACAAUCAGUACGUCAGGCGAAACAUACUACCAUCGAGGGGCAGUGUACCUAAACUUUAGGCUCAAGUGUUUGGAUGAAGACGAAACCUACAACUUAAAAGUUAUAAAGUCAGAGAACCACAUGAGUUAUGAGGGGCAGCAGCCUGCGCAAACAAACUUGAAAAACAAACGCCCAGAAAUUCCACUUUAAGUUCAAGUUUCCUGUCAUCAACUGGAUUUAUUUUUCAAAUUCUUUGGUCAUUUUCUUUAAAGCCUGUAAUUCCGGCUGAAUGCUCCAUCAGGGGGUAAGGAAAAACAAUUAUUUCUCAUCAUUAGUAAUGGCAGAGUUUUAAGGGAAAAGGUCCUUCCUAAGAAAAACGAUUUACGCAUCCGGUUCGUGGAGAAACGUGAAUGUUUCAACCGGUCCUCACAGCUGUGGGCUUAUUGUUGGUCCAGAACUAAGCCUGCUCCAUUCAUCGGGGUUUACUGAGAAGACUCCCUCCUUAGCAUUAAAAAUGUAUAGAAACUCAACACCCGUUUUUCCUGUAACAGCGCAGAUCCUGGAGAAGCAGAAGGACCUUCCCGGCCCCAGAGAACCGCGUGCAGGCUUCCUGCCUCAGAUGCCGCUGAUGCCUGUGGUGUGAAUGCCUGUGCAAAUGCUUUGUGAGUCGUCGGGGGCGUCUAUAUGUGCUUUACGUCCAUGCUCUCAGUUAAAAGUGCUUUACUUUUUGGCCGGAACCGCCAUCUUCCAGUAAUUCGCCAAGAUGACCAACACAAAGGGAAAGAGGAGGGGCACCCGCUACAUGUUCUCUAGGCCUUUUAGAAAACAUGGAGUUGUUCCUCUGGCCACAUACACGCGAAUCCACGAGAAAGGUGAUAUUGUAGAUAUCAAGGGAAUGGGCGCUGUUCAACAAAGAAUGCCCCACAAACGUUACCAUGGCAAAACUGGGAGAGUCUACAGUGUUACCCAGCAUGCUGUUGGCAUCAUUGUAAACAAACAAGUUAAGGGCAAGAUUCUCGCCAAGAGAAUUAAUGUGCGUAUCGAGCAUAUUAAGCACUCUAAGAGCCGGGACAGCUUCCUGAAACGGGUGAAGGAAAAUGAUCAGAAAAAGAAGGAAGGGGGCUUCCCUGCCAAAGAGAAAGGUACUUGGGUUCAACUGAAGCGCCAGCCUGCUCCGCCCAGAGAAGCACACUCCGUGAGAACCAGUGGAAAGGAGCCUGAACUGUUGGAGCCCACUCCCUAUGAAUUCGUGGCACGAUGGGUGUAAAGAAAAUAAAAGACCUGGACUGUAAAAAAAUAUAUAAAAUAAAAUAAAAUAAAGUGCUUUAAAACAGCUGACGAUGAAAGAUGCCAUUGCACCAUCAGGCUUAGUUUCUAAUCCUAUCAUCUCUCUUAUGCUCGAAUUAUUUUCUUCUGUGCCAAAUGAAUCCUCCAAAUACCCCAUUUUUCCUUUUUCUCUUUCUCAUUGCCACCGGACAACAGUUUGCUCCUUCACUAGGGUUCUGCAGGGGAGGUUUAAGCUUUGGUUCUGGCUAAGAAACACAGCCGUGACUCAGAAGAUGACAUAAAAGUUUCUCCCUGUGCCUAAGACACCGGAGAUACCCGCCAAAAGUGAAUCAUUAGAGAGAAAAACUUGAAAGAAAAAGCCUCUCACAGAGCACUAUUUUAAUCCAGACUACGUCUGCCGAUGGCAGGUAAGGAACAGUCUGUGUUCUAUGUAGUAGGGAGUGCACUUCCCUCCCUGCCGUGAUGUCACCUGGUAGCACAGCUGGUGCUCUGCCGUGGGGGAGAGUGGGGGGCGGGAACAACUCACAGGGCACCUAAUCCGACGGCCCUGCCGGCUCUGUCCCCCCACGGCAAGGCCCACGCCUGCCACCCAGACACGCCCCUCAGAGGCAGACAGCGCUGCAGGUGUGGCGCUGCACGUGCGUCCCCCCAGGAAACACAGCCGUGUGUGUGGCGAACGGGACCAGUGUGCGGGCCAAACUGACACGGCUGCGGGUGCCUGCUGUUGAGCGCAGGACACAGGAGAGAGCCACGCUCCGUGCUGACGGAGCACACGCCGCAUCCAGGGGCACAGAGGGCCCAGCCGAGCGCGCGUCUGGGGGUCCUGGGCACUGUCCUCGGCCCUCGGCGUGGCGCGGGCAAUGUGACACGGGGGCUGCUCAAGCGGGAUAACUGCGGUCCUGGCGUCAAUCUCUGUACGUGCUGUUGGCACAUGUUUACACAAACUAAAACGCCCCACCCUCUCCACGCCCCAGACCACUGGUGACCCUGCUGUCUCACAGACGCGCGCGUGGUCCUAACACAGGGUGACGGUAUCCACAACCCAUCACUAAACCUGGGAUCCCAGUUCCGAGGGCAAAGCGAGCCUGCUCGACUCCUCAGGGGGUCGCGAGGCCAACGUCCACAGGGGGGCCCUUGGGCCGCCAGGCGUGACGGGCCAGGCGCCUUCGUCGUCCGGUGCUGCCUGGCCUCGGGACGCACGGACUCUGGCUUGUGGUCCCGCCCCAGGCCUCAGCAGCCCUCAUUGUCCGUGAACAACUUGGAGGCAAGAUGAUUUCGUGUGGAUUCUGGUUUCCUUUUUAUUCUCUGAAACGGUCGGUAAAGGACAAAUCUCCUUUAUGCGUGUUCCUUGAAGGUUUGGUAAAAUCUCCCCUCAAAUUAGUUCGGGCCUGGAGCCUUUGGCCCAGGGUUGGAGGGUGGUGGUUAAAGUAUUAUCCAAUUUCCUUUAAUGGUUAUCGGGCUUUUCUGUUUUCCUUUUUCUUCGUGAGUAAUUUUGAUAUUUUAUAUUUUCCCAGAGAAGUAUCUGCUUAAACUUAAGUUUUCAUGCCUACUGUCAUAAUGCUGUUCAGAAGCAGGUCUUACGAUUAAACUGUUUCUCUCUAAUCCUGUCCC